UUUUUUUUUUCUUUCUACUCCGCACAUGUUAAGAACACCCUAGCAGUGAGAGAGUGAAGAGAAGUGAAGAAGAAUCAAGAAACGAUGGCCGGAAAAAUCGAAGAUGAAAGCAACGAUCGCGUGCCUCUGCGGUUGCGACCGGAGUGGUCCGACGUAACUCCGAUUCCUCAAAACAACGGCCCUAAUCCAGUAGUUCCGAUCAACUACUCCGAAGAAUUUUCCGAAGUUAUGGAUUACUUUCGUGCUGUUUACUUCGCCAAUGAACUUUCAUCUCGCGCUCUUUCUCUCACCGCUGAAGCUAUUUCUCUAAAUGCCGGAAACUACACCGUGUGGCAUUUUCGACGGUCAUUACUUGAGUCUCUGAAAGUUGACCUACAUGUUGAAAGGGAAUUUGUGGAGCGUGUUGCAAGUGGAAAUUCCAAGAAUUAUCAGAUUUGGCAUCAUAGGCGAUGGGUUGCUGAGAAAUUAGGACUUGAAGCUAGAAACAGUGAACUUGAGUUCACCAAGAAGAUAUUGUCUAUUGACGCCAAACAUUAUCAUGCAUGGUCUCAUAGGCAGUGGGUUCUUCAAACCCUAGGAGGAUGGGAAGAUGAACUCAAUUAUUGUAGUGAACUGCUUGCAGAAGACAUAUUUAACAAUUCUGCUUGGAAUCAGAGAUAUUUUGUCAUAACAAGGUCUCCCUUCUUAGGGGGGAUUAAAGCUAUGAGGGAGUCUGAAGUGCUUUACACCAUUGAAGCCAUUAUUUCCUACCCUGAAAAUGAAAGCUCUUGGAGAUAUCUUCGAGGACUUUACAAAGAUGAAGCCACAUUAUAUGUAAAUGACACUCAAGUUUCUUCAGUAUGUUUAAAGAUUUUGAGAACAAAGAGCAAUUAUUUGUUUGCUCUUAGUACUCUCUUGGAUCUUAUCUGCCUCGGUUAUCAACCAAAUGAAGAUUUCAGAGAUGCCAUUGAGGCUUUAAGGACUUCAGAUAAUGAAGAACAAGAUUCAGAUAUAGCAAGAACUAUUUGCUCUAUUUUAGAACAAGUUGAUCCAAUUAGAGUCAACUAUUGGGUCUGGCGUAAGAGUAGACUUCCUCAGGCAGCUUAAUACCGUCUGUAAUUUAUACUUUGUCUAUUGAAAUUGGAUGUCAUGAACACCCUAUGCUUGACUAGUAUUUUAUUUUUAUUUUUUUUCUGACAAAGAGAAGCUUGACAAUUAAGUUAUUGGGUGAAAACAGGGUGGUUGUUUUUGUUCUGAUAUGUUUUCAAUAUGUAUUUCUAUAUUUAACAGGGUAGUUGUUUUUGCCAUGAUAUGUUAUCAGGGCGUACUUUUAUAAAUGCAAAAUUGUGCUCUUUUGUUCCCGCCA